CUUCCAUUUCCAAGGACUGCAGUAAUUGAAAUGCAGAGCUUUUAAAUGAUCCAUUCAGCUGCGAGGCGCAGGAUUGACGGAGGGGUCCUUUUUGUUCCGAAGAAUGAUAUUUUGGACAAGGAAUAAAGAAAUGACCCUUGAAGAAUUGGUGCAGAGAUUGAAUGCGGUUGCCAAGUGCACUGAUGAAAUCAUGCAGCAAGAGACAAGUCCAUUGUGUGCUGUGGAUAUUGAAGACGUUAUAAAGAAGCAGUUUGCUUACCUAUCAGGAGGUAGAGGGGAAGAUGGCAGCCCCAUCAUCACUUUUCCUGAAUAUCCAACCUUUGGUGAGAUCCAAGAAAAAGAAAUUCAUGAUGUCCUCACCUACCUCACCAGCAUUCCCAGCUUACAAGCUGCUGGGGUUGGGUUUAUCCUCAUCAUAGACCGAAGACAAGACAAAUGGACCUCUGUGAAAGGCACCCUGCUGCGCAUAGCGGGGUCCUUCCCAGGGAAUCUGCAGCUCAUCCUGGUGCUUCGUCCCACUGGGCUGUUCCAACGAGCUCUCUCUGACCUCGUCUUCAGAUUCAACAAAGAUGAGUUUAAGAUGAAGGUACCGAUCAUCAUGCUGAGUUCAGUAACAGAAUUACACAGUUACAUCGAUAGAAACCAGCUAACCCAAGAGCUCGGUGGUACUCUGGAAUAUAUCCAUGAUGAUUGGCUUUCUCAUCGGACGGCGAUUGAAGGUUUUGCCCUAAUGGUGAAAAAGACUGCUCAAGUGCUUCAGUCUUUUGGGACUGAACUUGCAGAAACUGAACUGCCAAAUGAUGUGCAGGCAACCAUGAGCCUUCUCGAGGUACAUACAGAAAAGAAGGCGAAGAUGAAGGAAGAUUUGAGGCGAGCCCUAAACCAAGGACAUGGACUUCUUGAAAGCAUUAACAAGCCAAUCACGAAGGAUCCAGAUUACACACUGAACCAGGAUGAGCUGGAGAAUCUGACCACUGUGGAGAGGCUGCUCGGUCAGUUAAAUGAGACUGAAACCGCUUUUGAUGAAUUCUGGGAUAAGCAUCAAAGCAAACUUGAGCAGUGCCUGCAGCUCCGGCAUUUUGAGCAGAAUUUCCGGGAGAUCAAGGUGUCAUUAGAUCUGGUAACUGAGCGCCUGGCUGCAUUCACAGACCCAGGAAACUGCAGCACACACGUGGAGCACAUUCUGCGAGACUUGAGUAGUCAUGAAGAGAAAACCUGUGAGGUAUUGGACCAGGCGAAGGACCUGGCGUCGGAAGGGGAUCAGCUGAUCCAGAACAAUCACUAUGCUGUGGACUCGAUUCUCCCCAAAUGCAAUGAGCUGAGACGUGUGACUGAGGACCUGGCCUCAGAGAUGCAGCUGAGGAAGGCUUUCCUCCACAGGUGUUUGGAGUUGCACCAGUGUCUUGAAAAGGCUGCCCAGUGGUGUGAUGAAGGGAUAUACCUACUGGCUUCACAGCCUGUGGACAAGUGCCAGUCUCAGGAUGGAGCCCAGUCAGCCCUGCAGGAGAUCGAGAGGUUCUUGGAGGCUGCCGCUGACAACAAGCUCCACGACCUUGACACGAUCACCAGCGACUAUGAAUCGAUACUUAACCAGGAGUUCAGCGAACAUGUGCAGAAGGUGCUCCAGAAGCAGGAGGGGAUGCAGGAAAUGUUUGAGAAGCGGCGUGUGAGCUUGAAAAAGCUGGCUGCCAAGCAGACCCGACCUGUUCAACCAGUGGCACCCAGGCCUGAGGCUUUCAGUAAAUCUCCUCACUCGUCCCCAGGACUCCGUAAAUGCUCUGAAAACACAUUCUCCCCAGACAAAGACGCCUUGCGCAGGCUAGACUACCGAAAAGGGGAAUGUAAUGAAAGCAAGACUGAAUCUAUGUCUGAGGAAGAGGAAAACUUAGCAGUACUGCGAAGACAUGUGAUGAACGAGCUGAUUGAAACAGAGAGGGCCUAUGUGGAAGAGUUGCGGUGUGUACUUGAGGGAUAUGCAGCAGAGAUGGCUAACCCUGUGAUGAUGCAUCUUAUACCAGCGGCACUGCAGAAUAAGAAGGAGAUUCUCUUUGGUAAUAUGACAGAAAUCUACCAAUUCCAUAAUAGGAUAUUUCUAAAGGAGCUUGAAGAUUACAUCCACUAUCCAGAACUUGUAGGAAGGUGUUUUCUUGAAAGGAUGAAAGAUUUACAGAUUUAUGAAAAGUACUGCCACAAUAAACCCAGGUCAGAAAGCUUGUGGAGGCAGUGCUCAGACUGUGUCUUCUUUCAGGAAUGCCAGAAGAAGCUCGAACAUAAGUUAGGCUUGGACUCGUAUUUAUUAAAACCCGUACAGAGGAUAACGAAGUAUCAGUUAUUAUUAAAGGAGUUGUUGAAGUACAGCAAAAACUGUGACGGGUCUGAGGAUCUACAGGAGGCCCUGACCGCAAUACUGGGGAUUCUGAAAGCUGUCAACGACUCCAUGCACCUGAUCGCCAUUACUGGAUAUGACGGGAACUUGAAUGAUCUUGGCAAGCUGUUAAUGCAAGGAUCCUUUAAUGUGUGGACGGAGCAUAAAAAGGGACACUCGAAGGUGAAGGACCUGGCCCGUUUCAAGCCCAUGCAGAGGCACCUCUUUCUGCAUCAGAAAGCCCUGCUGUUCUGCAAGAAGAGAGAAGAGAAUGGGGAAGGAUAUGAGAAGGCACCUUCCUACAGCUUCAAACAUUAUCUAAAUAUGAGUGCUGUUGGAAUCACAGAGAAUGCAAAGGGAGAUUAUAAAAAGUUUGAAAUCUGGUGUAAUGCAAGGGAGGAAGUUUACAUUGUACAGGCUCCAACACCAGAAAUAAAAACAGCAUGGGUAAAUGAAAUCAGGAAGGUGCUAACUGGCCAACUGAACGCAUAUCGCGAAGCAAGCCAACAGAAGUCUUCAGAACAAGUGUUUCAGUCUCAUGGAGCUAGUACACCUGUUAGUUCAAGUAGUCCUUUUAAGAGUCAUCAAAAAAAUAACAAGAAAUCGGAUGAGAAAAAGAGUGAACCAGCCAGCCCAGAUAGCUGCUUUGGGUCAGCUACUUCCCCAAAGUACUCAGAAAAAGGCAGAGAUGAAGCCACAACUAGCCCUACCUCAGAGCGCUCUGCAGUGUCUAAAAAACGUUUUACUUUGCAGGGCUUCAGUAACCUUAAGAAUCAGAAAGAAUCUCCACCUCCCACAGUUAAAAGUCGAACGUUACCAAUCGCACUUCUUUCAAGACCAGGAUCUCCUACUAGCCCUGACAAUAAAGCAAAACGGCACGAGAUUAAGAGCGAUCCAACGCCGUUUGGCUUUAGAGUUUGGGGUAAAGCAUCCCACUCUCUCGAUGCAUCUGAAGAAAAUGAAGGUUAUUCCAGCGCAGAAGAUUCCUCGGACGCAGAGGAGGAGGCAGCAGGUAAACUGAGUCCUGGUAAAUAUACAGUAGUAGCCGAGUACGACAAAGGAAACACAGAUGACCUGACAGUGAAAAGCGGAGAAAUGGUCCAGCUGAUUCGAGAAGGAGAAGAUGGGCAAUGGUAUGUUAAGAACCUCAAUACCAGCAAAGAGGGAUGGGUUUCUGCUGCAAACCUGCUGACAAUGAUAGGGGACUCCAAAUCUUCGUUUUCUUUGUGUAGCUCAGAAUCAGGCACUGGUUCCAGUAACCUGAGCACAUCCUCCAGCUGCAGUGAGAGUUGUACAGCCAGUAACACCAGCAUCUGUGAUAUCAAAGGCUAAGGACUGGCUUCUUCUGUUGAACUUGCUGCUGGUUCCUGGAAAUAUUCUGGCCAUCUCUGUAUAGACCAGAACACUGGCAGUUGCUUUGACAGCCUAUUAAUCUUCAGACUGAAGGAAUAAACACUGGCUUCUGUCAUAUGUGUGAUCCAGUGCAGCCUGCCCACACUUAAGUGCUAACUACUCUAAAGCAAACCAUCGGUUUUCUCCUGGAGCAUUGCAAUAUUUGCGUGAGAGACUUUACCUACUUUAACAGGAGCAUCUGUGGGCAGGUGAUUCGCAAUGAGGAACCAGCAUUGUGUGUGGUGUGUGUUUUUUUUUAAAUAAGGAAAUAAGAUAACUAGUUCCCAAAAUUGCCCCCCCC